UUUCGCAAUCAUCUCCGCGGUGUUGUCUUAGUAGGCGAUUUUUAAUGGCUGACCUUAAGCUUCCGUAUUGACUUUAUGUAGUACAUUUGUAAAGUAAAGUAUCUCUCUAAUAAGGAGAAAAUUUUACUUUUUAUGAUGGUGUAGAAGCACUGGAUUUAUUAAUACCUAAAAUACCCGUUCUAAAAAAUUACAAUGACUGAUGAACUAGAAGAGGUAGUUAAAGUCCUUUAUGAUUAUACUUAUUCAGAGGACAAUGGAAAAGUUGAAAUAAAACAAGGUGAUAUAUAUAGACUUAUUGAAAAAACCAAUACAGAGUGGUGGGAAGUAUAUGAUCCUACAGAAUAUGAUGGGGAAUCAUUCUUUGUACCUGCACAGUAUGUUGAAAUUGUUCCUGAAAAAAGUCCAUGGAAAGCAUUAUCUGAUUUGGACAAAGUGUUAACUUUUGGAGAAGAUGAUGGGGAAGAUAGUGAUUCAUCAGAGUCACCAAUAAAUGACCCUGAGUCACCAAUAAAUGAUCCUAAAAUAUGUAUCUCUGAAACUGAAUCAAAACAAAAUAUAACAGCUUCCAAUAAUGCAACAACACAAAUGGAUGUUCGAAUUGAUACGAAUGUACUACCAAAAAUAGUUAAUAACAGUGAUGAUGGAGAAUAUGUAAACUUGGACGAAUUUCGUAAAACUGCUGGCAUAACAACUCAGCCCUCUGCGAAACCAAGCAAUACUCACAGUAUCAAUGAACCUGUAAGUAAGCCACCUGUCUCCCAGGAAUUAAUUCAAGGAUCUAUUCCACCACCUUUACCAACUGAAGGUACUUUUGUUAAAGUGCUUGUGAAGGGAUUACCAUGGGAUAUUUAUAAAGAGCCUACAUUAGGAAGGAACUAUUAUGUAAACAGGGAAACUGGAGAAAGAAUGUGGAAACCUCCCAGGAAAGACAAACCGUCAUCAGAACAGCCAAAAAGCCCCAUAACUCCACCCCAAAAUGCAGUAUCCAGCGCUGAAAGCUGGCCAGGCAUUCCACCAGAGUAUGAACAAGUUCAUGAUAAUGGAAGUGUAUAUUUUAUUCAUAAAUCUACCCAAGAAAAGUGGAAGAGCUUAGUUGACAAGGUGGGUCGCAAGUAUUUCCACAAGGUGGGUUCCUCUGAAACUCUGUGGACCCUUCCUACAACGCCUUUGACCAUUGAUAAAGAUUUAGCUUCGCAAAACACUGAGCAAGUUGUACAGUCACGGGAAGUGAAAUGGGAAUCACAAGGCCUUCGCAUGAGCACAUUUGGAACAAAGUCUGUGAGAGCAACAAAAGCAAUGUCUUCAUAUGGCCAACUUGAAAUAUCAAAUCCUAUCAACAGGGCAUCCACACUUCCAUCAAACUUUAUGGCUGUUAAACCUGUGCCAGUUUCCAAUGAGCGUAGUCGAAGCCCCACUCAAGUUAGCUCUACCAGUACAGGCCCACAGCGGCCCAAUAAUCUUCCGACUUCCAACACAAGUUCAUUAGCGCCUCAAGAGCUUCAACCAUUUAUGAACACUGGUGCUCUUGAAGGGUACAUAAAUAAGGCCAAGAUUACUGAUGUGGGAGGUAAAAAGAAAAUCAAGAAAAACUGGUCACAGAUUUAUUUAGUGAUUCAAGGAUCCAAUUUAAUUUUUUACAAAGACCAGAAGGCUGCUUCAAAUAAAAUAAACUCCCCACAUGGUAAACCAGAAACAGUGGUUAGUCUACAGGGUGCACACAUUGACUUCAACCCGUCCAAAGAGAUAACAAACAGGAAAAAUACAAUUAUGCUAAAUGUCAGCACUGGGAUAUUUCUUUUUCAAUCUGACAAUGAGAAAUUUAUUCGAGAAGUUUUUUUUAGGAUGAAGAUAAUCGCCAAUGAUGUUUCACCUUUAUCAGAUUCUAGUCCUCGAGAUUUUGAUAUUAAAGAUGAUAAAAAAGAUGAUAAAAAGGAUGACAAAAAAGAUGACAAAAAAGCAUUUAAUAGAAGUAUUUCAACUGAUGAUAAUAAAAACAUUCAUAAUAUUGAUAAGAACAAAAACAUGGUAGGGAUAAGGGCAAAGCUAUUAGGCUUUAUUUCACGGCGUCCUACACAGGAAGAUCUUUAUAAGAGGGGGAUUAUCAAAGAUUCUGUUUUUGGUUCUAAACUGGUUGAACUGUGUGAUAGAGAAAAAGUUCAUGUACCGAAUUUUGUACAUAGUUGUAUACAAGCAGUAGAAAGAAAAGGAUUAACUCACGAUGGGUUGUAUCGUAUCAGUGGUAAUAUGGCAGAAAUCCAAAGGUUGCGUUGUGCUGUAGACAGAGAUAACUCUUACAAUUUGUAUGAUGACCAGUGGGAUAUUCAUGUACUCACAGGAGCUCUUAAACUAUUUUUUAGAGAACUUAAGGAACCUGUCUUUCCUUUUCAUAUGUAUAACAAAUUUUUUGAAGCUAUAAAAAAGGAAACAAGGAAAGAAAAGUUAUCUUUGUUUAAAUCUGCUGUGUCAGACUUACCUAGAUGCAACUAUCACACUUUAAAAGAGUUGUUUUCACAUUUAUGCAAAGUUGUGGAAAUGAGUGCUGUGAAUCGUAUGCAAACCCAAAAUGUUGCAAUAGUUUUUGGUCCAACUUUAUUAUGGCAGGAAGAGGAAGGAGGAAGUUUAGCUGUUCAAACAGUUUAUCAGAGCAAAAUAGUGGAAUUUAUGCUUCUGGAGUUUAAAGAAUUAUUUAAAUAAUGACAGAAGGAUAAAUAUUGAUGGUAUACAUUGCUGUGAGGUUGUUGUAUUUUAAAAAAGUACAAUAAUAAUUCAUAUUUAAAUUUGUAAAUUUAAAAUAUAUAUAUUUUUUAGAAUGCACAUUCAUGUCAAUUUGGGUUUUAAAAAUAUUUAUCUUGAACAGUAAAAUAUACUAAAAGAAUACACUAAAAUCAGUUUAGACAAAUCUUGUGUCAACAAAAAGUUUAACUGUACAGGUCUCAUUUGUAUAAAAAUUGGUACUUAAACCCUAAAUUUUACAAUAGUCCUGUAUUAAAAAAAAUUGAAAAUAACUUAAGACUAAAUUUAAUUGUCAUUUUACAACAAACAGAAAUUGUUAAAUCGACUUAAAUUUUGUCAAAAUAGUAUUAACCUUUAAAUUAUUAUUCAGAACUUUUUAUGUAUACAUUUAUUUUUUGAUGCCUUUAAAAAUUCUUCAUUGUUAAAAUUUCUAUAUUCCUUUAAUUUGAAAAAAUGUACAGCAUUUUUAAAACUUGAAAUGACUUUUUUUGAAGUUAAUCACACAUUCUUUUCCUGUUUUGAAAUUAUUUAAAAUAUUUUUGUGUACCUUUAUUACAGUAUUAUUUAAUGAACAAUCAUUCCUAUGAUUUGUUUAAUGAUUAAAUUAUUUCAUGGCAGAAAAGUAAUAACCAAUUUUAUUUCAUUGUUUUUUUCUUAGAAGAUGGGCACAAUUAUUAAAAAUAUGUUUAGAGUAAUGUUUAGAAUAUUAUCUAAAAAGAAAUAUUCCUUUUCUUUUAAAGAAAAUACAUUUACCAUUAAAUUUUAAAAGAUUUUUGUUUUGUUACACUUACAUUUUAAAAUUUCCUGUUUGUUUGAAAGUAUUUAUUGUUUUAAAAAAAAUGUUGCAUAAUUUGACUAACUGCAACCCUAGCAAUUUAUCUUUAGUGUUAACAUGUGGUGUUUGGUUUCAGUUAAUGAAUUUAAUUACUAUGUAAUAUACAACAAAGCUUUUAAAAUCUUACUGUCAUUGAAUAAGGCUUCCAUACAGAUACAUUUUCUUUUCUUUUAACUCCAUGUUUUGUUGUUGUCUUUCAUAAGAAAAUAUAUUCUUUAUAUUGAGAAGUUGUGAUGGGUUUGACCUUAGAACACAUUUGGUUGUCACUGUACAUAAGAUAGUUAAAAAUGUCUGUAGUGCAUAAUCUUUCUUAAAAAUUUUAAUUGAAAGUAGAUUCUAUGUCAUAACGGAUUAUUUAAUUAUUAGUUACUAAUUGGAAUAAUCUGUACACUUAAUGUAUUUUUUCCAUUAGAUUUCUUUCUUUUCUAGAGCUAAAGCUUUGAAUGAGCUUACAAUUAGUCUACCUCGUGGUUUUUUAAAAAAAUGAACUUAGUUGUAGCAAAGUAUGAAGUUUUAACUUAUUUGGCGAAGUUCUAAAAAAACAUCUAUCUGAUUAAUGGAAAUAAUUUUGAAAUCUUUUUCCUCUAUUGUUGUUUUUCAUCUUUCAAAUAUAUAUUUUUUUAAACAACCAAACAAACUAGUCCCAUUAUAUUUGUUAACAUCUCCUGUAAUGAAACAUUCCUUAAAAAAAUAAUUUGUAGUGAAUUUUUUGGAUACUGUAUCUAUAACUGUAAAUGAGAAUGAUGCAAAUUAUAAAUGUUGAUGCCUUGUUAUUUUGUUUUGUACAGUAUACUUUAUUUAAAGUAAAUUGUACAGUAUUGUUUAUAAUUAAUUAAAAUGUUUCAAAAUAUUUAUAAGGCAUUCCAUAUUUUCUUUGCACUUGAAAUUUUUUCUUUGCAUUUUCAAAAUUAAGACUAAAUCUAUUAUUUUAUUAUUACUUAUUAUACAAUGGUUGUUACUGGAAGCCAGAGCAGUUAUAUCAACAUAAUAUAAUAGUCACUAGUUAAAACAAGAAGAAAUAAAUUUCCAUUUUUAGCUGUUUUAUUCAGGUGGAAAAUUUAAAUGGUAAUAUGACUAAUUAAUAUAUACAUUUUAAUUUAUUAAAGAUAAAACAAUUUUUUAAAGCUGUAAUUAUAACCUGGUUUGCAAAAUGAUUUAUGUAACUUAAUAAAGCUAUGCAAUGGUCAAAUGUUUAACUAUUAUUAUUAAUUACACUGUAAAGCCAUUCAACUCAUUAAAUGUAUUGCCAUGGUUAAAUUCAAUUGUUUUGAAAGCUAAUUCUUUAUAUAAAUUUGGUAUGUUAAACUUGUUUGUAAAUAUACUAAGCAAGAGACAACUUUGAAAGCUGUUUAGGUUAUAUGUAUACCAGAUUAUUUAAUUCUUGACACUUUCUUCAAACGGUGGUUACUUCAUUUAGAAAUGUUAAAUGUACAUUUUUCAAAUUUCCUUCAUGUGAACAAAGUCAACAAGCAUGCAAUAAAGAACAAAUGAAUCAAAAUAUUUUUUGUUUCUCUGCCUCUUCACUUGCUUGCAAAAAGAGAAAAGACAAGAUAAACCUUGACAUAACGGUUGCAUGGUGCUGACCACAAAUAACUCAUUUGCUCUAAUUAAUAAAGUCUGGAACUGAAAGGUUACAUGGGGUAUUUUUAUAACACUGUUCUCAUCUCAUGGAUUGUUCUUUGCUUUGUUAAGUGCUGUACUGUUGUGAACAAUGAGACUCAAAAUAAAA